AUGUCUAUCACAAAAUUCAACUGGAACAAACCUUUUAUUUCAACGAUCCAAGGUUCUCUUCAUUAUGAUCUCACCGAAAGAUUCAGCCAUUACACUGGCCAGGGAAAGGUUUUACGUUUAAACCAUAUUGCCACAUUGUCAUCAGAGCUCUAUAUAGAAGCUCUUUCUUUAGCCUUUCAGCAUGCCAAAAAUUUAUCCAAAAACAUUAAUCUAUUAAAGUCAAUUGCAAGAGCCCUUCAUGAUCAAGGAAUUGCAGUUCCAGAAGGGACUGAAUCGAUUGCUGAAAAAGAAGCUACACUAAUUGCUGAAAGAGAAACCCUUACACAAUCAAUUGAAGCUACCUCAUGGAACUGGAAUCAUGCAUCAUCCACUGUAUCGAAUGGGUUCAAAAACCUCGCGUUUUUACUUUACGAAAUGGGGGAUUUUGAUGGUGCCAAGGUUAAUAUUAUUAAAUUUAGAGACACAGUCAGUCCCAAAAACUAUGAAGAAAUUGUGGAAUCUCUUAUUUUUGAAGCAACUGUAAACUUUUUUUCUUCUAAAAAUUACUCAUCUUCUCUUGCAUUUUCUUCUAAACUUACUUCUUUAUUUUUGGACAAAAAUGGCAGCCUUAGCUGGCCUGGAGCUGUCAAGAUUGGUGUACUUUGCGGAAUCGCAACUUUACAACAAGAAAAAUACCGAGAAGCAGCCUCUGUUCUUCUAAAAAUAUCUCCAAAACACAAAUUAAUUUUUAAUGACAUUGCUACUCCCCAGGAUCUUGCUGUCUAUAUUACCCUUGCUGCUCUUGCAUCUUUUAGCCGAUCAGAGUUGCAAUUUUUGUCUUCAGCUGACCAAGUAUUUCAGUCAUUAACUGAGGAUUCUCUUCAGAACCUUUCGGAGCUCAUUGAAUUCUUUUUAAACUCCAAGUAUAAGGAAUUUUUUAGUUCUUUGGAAGAUUUCAAGCCUGAUUAUGAGGCAGAUCCAUUUUUAUUUCCUAUUUUGAAAAAUCUUUUAGGUGCAAUCAAGAAGCGGGCUCUUCUUCAGUACCUCUCCGCUUACAAAAACGUCUCUAUUCAAACUGUUUCAGAAACAUUCCUUCUUGAGCCUUCCAAACUCGAAGAGCUGCUCAAGAUUUACAUUAUCGAAGGAACCAUUAAUGUUUUGAUUGACCAACGCAAUGGGAUGCUUUUUUGCCGAGAGGUUGAUGAAAGUUAUGAGAAGUUAGUAUACACCACGACGGUCGCUGACAAUUACUUGAAUGGAUGUAGAGUGUUGCUUAAUACUUUAGUUUAA